ACUUGAAUAAUUUUCAAGAGAGUCGUAUCCCAGAGUUUUUCUCUUCUCUUCACAACUUGAGAUCCCUUGAUCUCUCGUAUUCUGGUUUUGGUGGAAAAAUUCCAAGUCAAUUUGGGUCUCUCCCACAUUUGAAAUACUUAAAUCUUGCUGGGAAUUAUUUGGAGGGUUCAAACCCCUAUCAACUUGGAAAUCUCUCCAUGUUGCAGCAUCUUGAUCUCAGGAGCAAUUAUUUAGAAGGAAAUAUACCAUCUCAGCUUGGGAACCUGUCCAACUUGCAAAAGCUUUAUCUUGGUGGAUAUUAUGGUGCUCUCAAAAUGGAUGAUGGGAAUCACGGUGGAGGUCAGUGGCUGUCUAAUCUCACUUCUUUAACCCAUCUUUACGUUUACUCUGUAUCUAAUGCCAACGGUUCUCAUUAUUGGCUGCAAAUGAUUGGCAACCUUCCAACACUAAAAGAACUAAGUUUAUCUUAUUGUGGCCUUUCCGAUCAUUUUAUCCUUUCAAUGAGGCCUUCUAAAUUCAACGUUUCUACGUCUCUCUCUGUCUUGGAUCUCUCUCACAACACCUUCACAUCAUCCAUAAUAUUCCAAUGGUUGUCAAACAUUACUUCCAAUCUUUCUGAGCUUGAUCUUAGGGGUAACCUCUUGGAGGCUCCCCCAUCAAAUCAUUUUGGCAUGGUAAUGAAUUCCCUUCACCGGGUUGACCUCUCCUUUAAUAGAUUCAAGGAUGAGGUUUUGAAAUCCUUGGUGAAUAUAUGCACCCUGCAUUCUUUAUACAUGCGUGGCAACAAUUUGACAGAAGACCUUCCAUCAAUUCUUCAUAAUUUGUCUAGUGGCUGUGUUAGAAACUCACUAGAAGAGUUAGAUCUAUCAUAUAAUAAAAUCACUGGCUCUUUACCUCACCUCUUAAUAUUCUCAUCUUUAGAAAUGUUAGAUCUUUCUGGAAAUCAACUAAGUGGAAGGAUACCACAAGGUACCACAUUGCCAUGUAAAAUGGAGUUUUUGUCACUCAGCUCAAACUCUUUAGAAGGUGGGGUUCCAAAGUCAUUUGGGAGCACAUGUACUUUGAAUUCGUUGGAUCUUUCUUAUAAUAGUUUGAACGAAGAAGUAACAAGGAUAUUUAGUCACUUCUCUGAGUGUUCUAGAUAUUCACGGCGAGAAAUAAGUCUCAGUGGCAACAAAAUCAAUGGCACAAUAUCUGACUUCUCAAUGUUUUCGAAUUUCAAAAGAGUUUGGCUAUCAGGGAAUCGAUUAAGUGUGAAGAUACCUAAAAGCAGCGUAUUAUCCUUCGAUCAAUUGAAGAAAGAGAGUGGAGUUCCAAAUUCAUUUCAAAAUGCAGGUACUUUGCAAUCACUGGACCUGUCCAGUAAUAGUUUGAGUGAAGAGCUUCCAACGAUAAUCCAUCACUUGUCAAGAUAUGCUAGAUACUCAUUGCACAGAUUAGAUCUAAGCAUGAAUCAAAUCAACGGCACUCUGCCCAACCUCCGUCCACUGCUCCCAUCUUUGAAAGAAUUGGAUCUUAGUGAAAACAGGCUUAAUGGGACCAUUCCUAAAGAUGUUCAAUUUCCAACAGAACUAGGGAGUUUAUAUUUGAAUUCAAACUCUAUGAAAGGUGUGAUCACUGACUCCCACUUUGCUAAUAUGUCUGAGUUAGUCUCAUUGGACUUGUCUGAUAACUCAUUGGCCUUGGCAUUUACCCACAAUUGGGUCCCACCAUUUCAGUUGUCCGCCGUCAGAUUGAGAUCUUGCAAGCUAGGUCCAGCAUUUCCCAAAUGGUUGCAAACACAAAAUAACUACCAAAUUAUUGACAUUUCUGAUGCUGGAAUAUCAGAUACUGUUCCACGUUGGUUUUGGGCUAAAUUAGCAUCGCAAAUGUUGAUGAGAAUGAAUAUUUCACACAACAAUCUCAAAGGUGUAGUUUCAAAUUUACCACUAAAGAAUCUUCAAUAUUCUCUAAUUCUUGCAUCGAAUCAAUUUGAAGGUCCAAUACCACCAUUUCUACGACGUUCGAUGUUUCUUGAUCUAUCAAACAAUAAAUUUUCAAAUUCUCUUCCAUUUUUAUGUGCCAGCGGUGUAGCCGAUACUUUAUACCGACUGGACCUUUCAAACAAUCAAUUAUCUGGACAAAUUCCAGAUUGUUGGAGCCAAUUCCAGUCACUAGUUUAUCUAGAUUUGAGUCAUAAUAAAUUUUCAGGAGAGAUUCCUUCUUUAAUAGGAUCACUUCUUCAACUUCAAGCACUGCUAAUGAGAAACAAUAACUUAACAGAGGAAAUUCCUUUGUCGUUGAGAAGUUGCACAAAGUUAGUAAUGAUAGAUAUGGCAGAAAAUGGAUUAUCAGGACCUAUCCCUACAUGGAUUGGAAGCACGUUGCAAGUGUUGCAAAUUUUAAUCUUAGCAAGGAAUCAAUUCUUCGGAAGUUUGCCAUUACAAAUUUGUUAUCUAGAAAGCAUUCAACUUUUGGAUCUCUCACUCAAUAAUUUCUCUGGACAGAUUCCUAAAUGCUUCCAAAAUUUCACUUCAAUGGCUCGAAAGACUUCCUCGAAGGAUUAUCCACAGCAUUCAUAUUUUGUCAACACGAGUUAUACGAUCGCAAAUAUCUCUUACGAUUUGAAUGCAAUCUUAAUGUGGAAAGGUGCGGAAGAAGUGUUCACGAAUUAUGGGCUUUUCCUUUUAAAAAGCAUUGAUCUCUCAAGCAACAACUUCUCAGGAGAAAUUCCAGCAGAAAUAGAGGAUUUAUUUGAAUUGAUUUCAUUGAAUUUAUCAAGAAACAAUUUGAGAGGAGAAAUUCCUUCAAAUAUUGGAAAGCUUGCAUCACUUGAAUUUCUUGACUUAUCAAGAAACCAAUUUGUUGGUUCAAUUCCAUGGAGUCUUACUCAAAUUCAUCGACUCAGCAUGUUAGAUUUGUCGCAUAACCAUCUAAGUGGAGCAAUUCCAACUGGUACACAAUUACAAAGUUUCAAUGCUUCCAGUUAUGAAGAUAAUUCUGAUCUUUGUGGGGCGCCACUUGAGAAAUUGUGUGUUGAAGGGGAACCACCGCAAGAACCAAUUCAAGAGAAAGAUGAUUCAUUCUUCACUCGUGGAUUUUACAUUAGCAUGUCAUUUGGAUUUGUUAUAGGCUUUUGGGGGAUCUUCGGUUCAAUCUUGAUUAAUCGUUCUUGGAGGCAUGCUUAUUUCAAGUUCUUGAACAAUUUAAUAGACUCUGUUUAUGUCAUGGUUGCAAUUAAACUUAUCAAGUACAGGGGUUGAUCCAGAGCAUUGCUGCCCCUUGAAGACCUCCAUCCUCUUUCAUAUCCAAAAUUUGGGCUUGUCAUUCUUGGGUAGAGCAAGUUUUCUACAAGUAAUGAACUAGAAACAAUGAUUGCUUAUACUUCUUCUUUAUCAAUAGGAUAU